AGUGUUUCUUCGUUCACGCACGUUCACGUAAAUAAAGAAAAACACGAUGCGUAAAUGUAUAAAUUACGCAAAACAAUACAUAUCGAAAACUAUGGAUAGAAAAAUGAUUUUUUUUUAAACGAAGCUAAAGCUCGUCUCUUUUAUAAAAAAGGGGAGCAAGCAGAUGCAAAAGCGGUGCCGUUUGAACCGCUCUUUGUGCGUUUCGACCAGUUUUAACGAAGGAAGGCGGGAGCAGGUAUCUCCUCUCGAUUUUGUGUUUACACGGUGUAUACACAAUGGUUAUCUGCAAAUAUUAUCGACAAGGCAAUUGCCGUUACGGGCAAUACUGCCAAUUCGAGCAUAUAAAUCAUUUCGCAGGCAAUACCAAGACCGAGGAUGAUAUCGUUAUUAUGGUCGCCAAGGAAGUGCUUCUUGCCGAGAGAGGCGGACAGUGGUUGCUGUCGUGCUUUGCGCCGCUUAAAGAGCGUCCCUGUAUCCCAGGUAUGGAGGAUUUGUCGCCGGAGGAAGUCCGAUGGGAGAUGUAUCACGCGCAAAAGAAUGGAAUGGUCGAUCAGGCAAAAUUACGCUUUCAACAAUUGUGCCAAGACAUGAAGACGAAAAGAGAGAUUCUGAAGAACCCUACGCGAGAGACAAUGACUUAUUUGAAAAGAAUUUUGGGAAGCAGUCAAAAAGCUCCACAGAUGGGCUUGGUCAAUAACACGUCGACUAAUAAUGUGUUCGGAAAUACAACAUUCGGUGUGCAAAAUAAUCCAUUCGGCGGCGGUGCAUUCACCUCCUCGGCCAAUACGUCGUCGAUAUUCGGAAAGUCGAGUAAUAAUACAGCGUCCGUAUUCGGCAGCGCGGCGACCUUCGGGAACAAUCUCGGUGGAUUUGGCACCGCGACGAGCGGUGCUGGCAUCUUUGGAACAACGAGCACGCCGACGUCGUCGUUCAACGGCAUACAGAACAGCGCAUCGAACGCGUUUGGAGCACCGCAGAAUAAUCCAAUCUUCGGCGGAUCGUCUCAAAGUGUGUUCGGCCAAAGCAACAAUGUAUUUGGAGGGACGGGUCAGCUUAACAGCGCGUCCACCACCUCGCUAUUCAGCAAUCCGAUAACUUCGCAGGCGAACACCUCGUUAUUUGGCGGAGCGACACCAACCACCGCCUCCAACUUGUUCGGCGGCCCGUCCACCGGUUUACAGACAAACUCGGUCUUCGGCCCCGCGACCACGUCGUCAUCCGGCUCCUUCAACAGCGGGAUGUUCACUCAGCCGAAAACGCAGAUACCCGCGUUCGGCGGAGCGCCAGUUUUCGCGGGAGUGACUCCGAGCUACGCCAGCAAUUCCACCGGCAACUCGAUAUUCGGCGGCGGCAGUGGCGGCGGCGGCGGCGGCCAAACGUUCGGCGCUCCCGCGACGAACGGCAUCUUCGGAUCCACGGCCGCCGCGACGCCGGUUUUCGGUGCGGCCGCCGCCACCACGACGCCAGCGUUUGGUACGUCCGUUGUUGCCGCCAUGACGCCGGGUUUCGGUACGCCCAUUGUUGCCGCCACGGCGCCGAGCUUCGAUCUGAGUCAACAGCCCGGUGCUAAUACCGCCUUCGGAACGGCCGUAUCCGCCGCGAAUGUCUUUGGUGCGCAGAACGCCGACACCAUGUCAGUGAACAAUCCGACGUUCGGCGCGCCGUCUGCCGCGAUCAGCGGCCCAUUCGUCACCACCAGCUCGCAGCAAUUUGAUUCUACGAGCACGAGCACGGCGCCGUUCGCCGGCGCGGGAUUCGGCGUGGCCGUCGCGAGUACGAAUAACACAUUCGGCACGGAAACCUCUACCAAUUCGAUAUUUGUGAACGCGGGAACCUUCGCGACCGCCAACGGAACCGUCCCAAAUCCGUCGCCGUUCGCCGGGUCGACGUUCGGCAGUGUCAACACUUCCUCUCCGUUCGGCUCGGCCGCUGGCACAACCCUCACCACGACAACGACACUCGCAAAUCCAUUUGCACCACGGCCGCAACAAGGCAGCUCACCGUUCGGAAACGUCGCGCAAAGUCAGUCUAACGUCAACGCCGCUGCUCCUUUUGGACAAUCGCCGUUCAACACCACUACAACCACCAGCGUCCUCGUCGAUGAUAGCGUGUACAGCGAGGAUAGUGCAUUAACGGACGAUGAGAAGAACAUGUUCUUGGCUGAGAAAUUUAUCAUCGGUAAAAUACCACUCAAACCUCCAACCAAAGAUUUGAGAUGACUUGAUAAUACCAUCUACGGACUAGUGACAUGUAUUCAAAUGUAUAAUAAUGCUGUGAUAUAAUGACAUGUUUCUGCUAAUCUGUAAAUAUCUAAAUUUUUAUGGUGAUUAAUGUGCCUAAUCAAGUUCUUAAAAUAGAUCAUGUUUACAGAA